AACCUCUUCUUUUCUGUACCGCUUUUCUGCCGAUUAAAAUAGAAACAGCUAAAAAUAAGAUUUUAGCGAAUUCUCUGCUACUUGGGCACAUGCGCUUAAGCCAAAAUUUAUCCAUUUCUGCCAAUCUAUUGUAAUCUUUCUUCCUUGCUCUCUUUCUCCUCUUUUUCUAUCUUUUUAAUAGCUAGUUUUGUUGCCCACUUUAUCCUCUUUCUUUCCUCUUUCUGGUUUACUUUCCAGGAAAGGAUGAAAUCCUAUCCGGAAAGAGUAGUUCGUGAAUAGCGAAGCUGACAGAGGAUUUUCCCCAAAUUGUGCUAAUUGUACGUUUUUUGUCCGUAACUCUGACAGGAUUGGUCAGAAUUUCUAAAAUGAGGUAUCAGUGCAAAGAUCUUUCCUUCCUGACUUCGUUACUCGUCAAAUCUUAAAAACUCAGUCUGUUUAGAAGUGCAUAAUCUACAUUGUUUCCUAUUGACACGAAAUGAACCGAGCCAGAGCGCUGACGAUAAAGUAUACAGUUGGGUAAUAACGAGGUCAUUAUUGCGACUAUUUUUGCGGCAGUCGUUUUACUAAGUUCAUUAGUACGUACAAAACCUAAUAGUUGUUUAGCUAAAGCCAUUAAUCUCAAUUCAUUCGUCAAUUCGUUUUCACAUAGCUAAGCAUGACUGGGAAUAAAAAGAGAAUUUAGGACAAUUUGUUGGACACCAGAUGGUAGGCAUAUACGUUCCCGGCCGGUCAAAACCUCAGAAUCUAUUGGGGAGAAUGACAUUUAUCUUGACAUCUGCAAAUGAUUAAGCAUUCUAGUCUUCUCGCAUAAGGCCGAGAAACCGCUGGACCUACCUUGCAGCACUUUAACUAAUCUGACUCUUGUGGGUGUGAAAGAACCCAUAAUGCUGUUUGCAACAUUUUUGUUUUUCAAAAAAGGUUUUCUAUCAGUGCAAAUGCGAAUCUUAAGGAGGAAACCCUCUUUAUUUUCUUUAUAUUCAAGAAUGCUCUUUUUCAGAAAAUAUUCGGCUUGGCUUGAAGAUCGUUGUCUGCCUGUCGCCAUAGUUGUUGUGUACGCUAUAAAAGCUGAAAUAUUGAUUUUUUUUUUCUCAACAGACAUACGUCAAUCUUAGCCAGUAUGACAAUAGGUUGUAUGCUAAUGGAGACGAUCUAAUCGAGGAGGAGCAGGACGAAGUCAAAAGCCGUUCGGCGACUCAGUUUUGAACUUAACAAUUAUGCUUGUUUUUCUUUACAACUAAAUGGAUUGAAAAAGUGUUACACAAAAGGGGAAAGUUAAAAGUCGUGGUGUAAAGACAAUUAUACUCAUAUAUCAAUAAUAUUAUAGAACGUAUAUUGACCCUUGUUGUUUAGCCGAUAGACAAAUUGACGUGACUAAUUCACGUGACAACGCUGAGCGUUUAUUGCUGAUGAAAAUUCUGCGAUACAGUCGAAAGCUUCGAGACCAAAAUCUGAGACUUUGACUAGAAUUUGUUUUUUCAAGUUUGUUUACCAAGGUCAAGAAUGAGCAUUCAGGGGAUAAAAGUACAGUAAGCAACUUCUAUAAAGAAAACAAACUAAAAAGCUUGACACAUGUUUAACCUUUGGUGUGAAUGCUUUUCAAGUUAGUUUUGACGUUCAGUGGAUGUGCUAUCAUUGUCAUUGCGGAAUCAGCGGAAAUGUUUGUGGUGGGUUUUCCGACAAAUUUCACACUAAUUUCAGUCGAUUAAUUUUCUCGUUCGUGAGACCAGUCAUCGGAGACAUGCUAAGACGCACUGAAAAAUUAUUAUAGCCGAGCUCCACGUGCGCGCGUGAUCUUUUGUUGAAUUAGAUACCACAAAUUCUUUUACUAAUGUUUCGAAUAAAAUUAGCAAGAUUAACUACCUAAUUUGGGCAGGGCUUCGUCAUUCUGUUACAACACAUUUAAAGAAAAGCAAUUGUCUUCGCUCAGAAUUAAGCUUAAUAUUGACAAUCGAUAACAAAGAAUUUGAUAUAUUAAAAAAGAAAUCUAAAGAUUGCUACACGCUAAUAAAAAGAAUAAUUGCCGAGUAUCCAGAAAAUUGCUAACACUUGUGUCAAGAUUUCAGUCUUACUCAAGACCAGCUGAAAAAAGUAUUCCUUCUUCCACAUGAGGUAGCGUUUGAACCUUAUCUAAAAGCUUUUCAAUACAAAGUCCUUAAUUCAAGUUUAUUUACCAAUAAAAAGGUACGCAAAAUAGGUUAUAUCCAAGAUGAUAAAUGUUCACUAUCCCAAACGGAUUCGGAAUCCCUUUACCACAUUUUUUUCAAAUGCAGACACACCAAGCAGUUUUUGAAGGAAUUUCAAUAUUACUUUUACACAUUGACAAGAGAAUUCGUCUGUCUGACCUUACAGGACGUUAUUGCAGGAAUAUUAUAUACAAAUGGCCCUUUACUGAUCCUUUACGAUACUGAUUUGAAACUAUACUUAUGGGGUUGUAGAAGAAAUCAGACUCUUCCAGUCAUAACUGCCUUUUCAUGCAAGGUUAAAAUUAAGCAUGAAACAGAAAAGUAUAUAUGUGUUAAAACUAAUGAAAUGGACAAAUUUAAUAAGAAGUGGGCUCUGCCUUUGGACUCUGUAUCCUA